AUGUUCGCUCUUUGCGUGUCCGCAGUGCACAUCUUUGAAAUGGGCGCAUCUUUGAUUCAAUAUUUUUAUUUUUUUUCUCCAUCUUUUUUUUUUUGUUGUUGUUGUCAUGUGAAUGCAUGCUACACAUUCACCACAAGGAGUGGGGGAAAAAUGGCACCCAACAUCAUGGAUGACUUGUCAGUCUACGGGAACGGCCGCAGGAAGAAGCCUCCUUUCAGCUACACACCGAAUCUGGUGUGUCUGCCAAAUCACAUUGUAUCAAAGCAUGUGAGUAUGUGCAUGGAUGAGGAGACGACCGAGUGGCUGAGGCUCGCAGGUGAUGUGAGUGUAAUGAAGGCGUUACUGUCCGGUAUUUUGCGCGCCUUUUUUUCCCAAACAACAUCCAACGGUAUACUGAACCGCGGCGGCAUGUUUGUCAUGUCUACGGCACAGGCUGCGCAGCUGCUGUUGGGCAACGAGGAUGACCAGCGCAGCUCAAAGUCACCGCCGUUUGGGACACUUUUGGAUAUCGGCGCCGGUGAUGGCGGCGUCACAUCACGGCUGCAGCCACUGUUCCAGCACGUAGCAGUCACCGAAUAUUCGAUUCCCAUGCGAUGGCGUCUGUGGCAGCGUGGCUACGAGGUGCUUCCUUACCAAGAUCCGUUUAGGCACAAGGAUGGCUCUCGGCGGUACUACGAUGUAAUUGCAUGCCUCAAUGUCUUGGAUCGCGCCGAUAAGCCACUUGAGCUGCUUCGCUCUAUGCGUGACUCGCUGUCGCCCAAUGGAAUACUUCUUCUUGCGGUUGUUUUGCCGUGGUGCCCCUUUGUCGAGAAUGGAAUCAGGCAGCGACGCCCUACGGAGACGCUGCCAAUGGAGGGAGGCGAAUGCUGUCGAGGCGCAAGUUACGAGGAUUCUCUUCAACGUCUUGUGGAUAAUGUCUUAAUUCCCUGUGGAUUUAAAGUAGAUCGCUGGUGCAAGUUGCCGUACUUCUGCGAGGGCAAUCUCAGGGUGGAGUACGCGGUUCUUCAUGAUGCGGUCUUUGUCCUUACAAGGAGUGAAGGGGACGCAUUCUCCACGGAAAAAGAACACGAGCACAAAGAAGGAAUAGAUGCAUGA